AUGGAGAAUGGUGGCGCUGCCGUGUGGAAACCGUCCUCUGACAGCCACGAGGAAGACGUGAUCACCAUAGACACCAGCACCUCCGAAACUGAGCCCUCUGAAACGGAGAUGGCGAAAGCAGAGACCUCCAAACCAGAGCCCUAUGAUGCGGAACCAAGAAAGGCGAAGCAGAAGACAGCUAAGGGCCGCCGUUGCCGUCGCCGCCGCUGCCGUCAGGGCAAUUUCUCAAGCUUUGCUACCUAUUUCCCUAGGGUGCUGAAGCAAGUACAUACAGGCCUGAGUCUUUCCCGUGAGUCCGUGAACGUCCUGGAUUCGUUUGUGAAAGAUAUGUUCGAGCGGAUUGCCGAAGAGGCCGGGCGCCUGGCCCACAGCAACAAGCGCUGCACCAUCAUGACCGAAGACAUCCAGACAUCUGUGCGUCUUCUGUUGCCUGGGGAGCUCGGCAAGUAUGCCACGUCCGAGGCCACCAAGUCGGUCAUCAGAUACCACCUCUGCAGAUGA